GAAAGAUCUCAAAAGUCAAAACUGGAAACUAGCCAAAGUAUUGGGUGAUUGAAACGUCUUCAUUUUCAAUUUUCAUAUACACAUUACAUACAUCCCCUUUUCCUUUCUCUCUCUUGUUCGAUUACUAAUGUUUUUUUCUCGAUUUCAAAUUUGUCCUUCUUCCUCUUCCUCUUCUGCAUGCUUUCUCUAUUUUUAGUCCAGCAACUCGUUAAUUAAUUGGAAGACCAAUGAGUACUGCUCAAGCAUUCAGUGACAAUUCUUUGCCUAAAAAUCUUUUUGAUAAUAGAAAUUUGAGAGGAUGCACAACUAGGAAGAAAAGGGAUAAUAUUGUUCUUAUUGAUGUAGAUUCUGAACUUUUUGGCGAUGUUUUCAUUCUCGAUGUUCCCGAAUCCUUCCAGAAAAAGUUCAGAAAAAACCCAAAGCAUGCAAUUUGCAUUGAUGAUUAUGAUGUUGGUAGCGGUGGUAGUAGUUGUGGUGAAAGAGUAGAUGGAGCAUCUCGUACAAAUAUCAAUGCGAUGACAAGUGAUGAAUGCAGCCCACCAGAAGCGGCUGAGCCCUCGACAAGUGCUUUUGUUGAUGUCGGUGGCUUAUUUUGUAAUGAAGGAAAUAUGCCAGUAAAACUUUCUAAGUCUAAGCGAGCUUAUUCUGGACAAAGUGCUUCUAGAAGUCAGUAUGGACAUAAGCCUGAUUCUGAAGGAGGUUGUUCUGAAAGUGACUGCUCUGAUUGUGAGUUAAUGGUAGGAUCUCCUGAAAAACUUCGUGAAGAGUGGAAAAAAGCCUUUCACAGGAGAAGAAAAUAUGCAGGCUUUCCAGAACCUAGUCAUCCUGUUCACGAUAAUGCUAAUGAAGGUAGUGAUGGUGAAAGAGUAGAUGGAGCAUUUCAUACAAAUAGUGAUACGUUGCCAAGUGAAAGAUGCAGCUCCCCAGAAGUAGCUGAGUCCUCAACUUGUGCUUUUGUUGAUGUAGGUGGCUUAUUUAGUGAUGAAGGAAAUAGGCGUGUUGAACUUACAAAGUCUAAGCAAACUUGCUCUGGACAAAAUGUUUCUAUUAAUCAGUAUGGACAAAAGCUUGAUUCUGAACGAUGUUCUUCUGAAGGUGACUGUUCUGAUUGUGAGUUGAUUGUAGGAUCUCCUGAAAAACUUCGUGAACAGUGGGAAAAAGCCUAUUACAGAAGAAGAAAUAAUUUCAGAAGUGUUUUUACAGAUUUUGAAGAUAAAGCUGGCUCUCCGAAACCUAGUCAUCCUGUUCAUGAUAAUGCUAAAGGAGCUAAUGGUGGUGAUAGAGUAGAUGGAUCAUUUCAUACAUAUAGCGAUGCAAUGCCUAGUGAUGAGCAGAGCUCACCAGAAGUAGCUGAGCCCUCAACAAGUGCUUUUGCUGAUGUAGGUGGCUUAUUUAGUAAUGAAGGGAACACGCCUGUAAAACUUUCGGAGUUUAAGCGAUGUGUUUCUUGUAAUCAGUAUGGACGAAAGCUUGAUUCUGAAGGAUGUUCUUCUGAAAGUGAAUGUUCUGAUUGUGAGUUAAUGGUAGGAUCUUCUGAAGAACUUCGUGAACAGUGGAAAAAAGCCUCUUACAGAAGAAGAAAUAAUGCCAGAAGUGUUUUUUCAGAUUUUGAAGAUAAAGCUGGCUCUCCAGAACCUAAAUAUCCUUUUCAUGAUAACUCUAAAGAAGGUAUUGAUGUAGAUCCCUCUAGUCAGCAAAGGAAUGCUCGAAAUUGUUCUCUGCAUAAUGAUGAUGACAAUGUGUUUGAUGGUUCUAAGAAGUUGUAUAAUGGAAGUAAGAUUCCAGAGCAGGAUAAUGAUCCCAUGGAAACGGAUGAUCAUUUUACAAGUACAUGCAAACAUCUGGAUCAUGAAAAUGCUGAAGAUACGGUUGAAAACGUAACAUUUACUGGUCCGAAAAGUGACGUAAGAAAUCGUUAUCAACAUUACGAUUUUGAUGAUUUUUGUUUUGUUUUCCCCCAGAAGUUUUCUGUUGGAGUUAGGGUUUGCGAGCAGUAUUAUGAUCAUUUGGAGAUGAAUGGGCAUGCUACAAGUACAAAUGAUGAUGGUGUUACUUCCGGUGCUGAUCAAAACAAAAGAAAUAUGACUUGUGCCCCUGAAUGUUCUGGUUCCCAUAUUGAUGAGCAAUUUAUAGUAAAAGAUACGGUGUUUGUGGAUGAUUUUCAUGAACCUGCAGGGAAGCCUGCUGAAAAUUUUAUGUGUCAGCAGAAUUCUAAUGCUAAGAUGCAAGAUGUUGAAAGCAGUCACACUGAUUUGUUUGUUCGACAUAAAGAUGCUGGAAUCCGGCCUGUACCUUCAGAUGAUGCAUCUAGUUGUCAUGGAAGUGCAGCAGCAUUUUCUUCUGACCAGGUUGAAACAAUUAUAGAUAGACAGAAGAUCAAGGAGACCGUGGAAUACAAACAUGCCAUGGAAGAAGAAUUGGCAGCUAGGAAGUUGCAGUUGAUGCGAGAGGCUGAGGAGGCACGGAGGCUAAGGAACAGAAAAAAAGCAGAAAGAAUGCGGAUAGUGAUGAAUAAAAGAAGACAAAAGGAACGUGUAGAAGAAAUACGACAAACAAGGAGAAAGGACGAGGAGAACCAGAAUCUGAAAGAGAAAUAUCGUGCUGAGAUAAAGAAAGAGCUACAAAGAAUUGAAGCAACAAGUGGUGACAUGGCCUCGCUACUUAGAUGUUUAGGGAUCCAUGUUGGUGGUGGUUCUUUCCCUUCUCCACACGAGGUUCAAGCUGCUUAUAAACGAGCAUGUUUGAAAUUCCAUCCAGAUAGGAUAUCAGCAACUGAUUUGCGGCAGCAAGUUGAAGCCGAGGAAACAUUCAAGCUGAUCUCUAACAUGAAGGAUAAAUUUUUGUCAAAAUAGAUGUCUAUGAGCUUUACUCUUAGGCACCUUAACAAGUAAAGCGAGAUUUUAAAUUAUCUAAAAAGUAAAAUGAGGUUUAUUGGUGUAAUGGAGACUUGUUUUAGUUUGUUGUCAUCAAUUUUACCUGUACAUAAUGUCCGUAUUCCAUGCAUUUCGUUUCCCAUGUAGAUUUACUGUCCUUUGUUUUGCAGGCAGAAAGAGAAACGCAGUGCUUUGAUUUGUUCCUUUUCUUAUCUUUAUGUGGAGUUGUGUUAUUUACUUUUGCCCUAGAGAACUACCAACUUUGAUGAAUUUGCUAUAUUUGGCGUACUUCAUCAUUGUUGACCAAAUAUUACGUUUGUAAACAGAGUCUGAGGAAGAUAUAAAGGAUAAUUUGUAUCUAUACUCCCUUCCAAAAUAGGAUUAGAGAUAUAAGGUCAAAGUCAUCACUUAAACUUAACCAAUAGAUGAUUUAAAUUUACAAAUUUAAUAUACAAAAAUGUCAGCGUUUGAAAAAAAAUAAAAUUCAAAAGAUUGAUAAAAA